AUGCCAGACGGUACGACUGGGGACAACAAUUGUGCGUGCUGCACUGGCGCCAAGAACAACGACGUGGACGGCGGCUGGGGCAUCCGAGUCUACAGCAUCAACCGCGUGGGCGCAACCAGCGCAGCAGGCACGCUGUUGCCUCGCUGGGUGCCCUGGAUGCUGUUGCUCGCCUGGGUGAACUGA